AUGAAAGAAGGAAGAUGGAGGGAGGAAAAAACUGGAAAGAGAGAGGCUGAAACAGAGGGAGGAGUGGAGGAAGAGAGAGGUAUGGAGAAAGCAGUUGAGGGAGAGGAAGGGGAGGAGGGGGGUCUAAAUGAAGAAAAAGGGAGGAAGGGAGAAGUGGGACUAAAAGAGAAGGGAGAGCAGGGGGAGGAGGAAGGGAAGGGGGUAUUUGAAAAGGAGGGAGAAAUGAAGGAAGAGAAUAGGAAAGAGGGAGAAGAGGAGAGAAAGAUUAAAAUGGAAGAUGGACUGGGGAGAGAGAUUGGGGAAGAGGGAGUAAUUAAGGAAGGAGGAGUGGAGGGAGAAAAGGGGAAUAAGGAAGGAAAGGAUGAGAGGGAUGAAGAGAAGGUGGAGGAGGGAGGAGUGGAGGCAGAAAAGGGAGGAACUAGAAAGGAGGGGGAGGUGGUGGAAGAUGCAGGAAUGAAAGAAGGAGAAAAGGAGGAGGAGGGAGGAGUGGAGGAAGGGAAGCUGAGAGAGAAGGGUAUGGAUGGAGGUGUUGAAGAGGGAGGAGUUGUGGGCAAGGAGGGAGAGAAGGGGGCGGAGGCAGGAGUAGAGGAAGAGGGAGGUGUGGAGGGAGAAGAGGAAGGAAAAAUAGGCAUGGAGGGAAAAGAGCAAGAGAAGGGGAAGCAGGCAGAUGUGGACAAUGGAAGAGUGGAAGGGAAAGGGAAGGAGGAGGGAGAGAAGGGAGGAAAGGAGAAAAGAGUUGAUGAGGGAGAAGUGAAGAAAAAAGAGAAGGGAGAGCAGAGCUUGGCAGGAGGAGUAGAGGAAGAAAAAUGGAAGGAGGGAGAAGAGGAGGGAGGAAUAGAGGAAGAGAAAUGGAAGGAGAAAGAAGAGGAGGGUGAGAUGGGAAUGGAAGAAGGAGAGGAGGGAGGAGUUGAGGAGAGAAAAGUGGAGAGAGAAAAUGGAAAGGAGAGAGAAGUGGAGGAAGACAAGGGAAUAGAAGGAGAGAUGGGAGAGGAGGGAGAAGUUGAUGGACAAAUAGAUGAAGGGAUGUUGGAGGAGGGAGGAGUGGAAGGAAAAGAGGAGAGAGAAGUGGAUGAAGGGGAGUUAGGAGAGAAGGAUAUGGCUGGAGGUGUUGAAGAGGGAGUUGUGGAAGAGGAGAGAGAGAAGGGACUGAAAAAAGAGGUGGGCGAGGUUGUGAAGGGAAGAAUUGAGGAGGGAAGGGUGGAGAAAAAAGAGAAGGGAGAGUGGAGCUUGGCAGGAGGAAUAGAGGAAGAAAAAUGGAAGGAGGGAGAAGAGGAGGGUGAGAUGGGAAUGGAAGAAAGUGAGGAGGGAGAGGAGGGAGGAGUUGAGGAGAGAAAAGUGGAGAGAGAAAAUGGAAAGGAGAGAGAAGUGGAGGAAGACAAGGGAAUAGAAGGACAGAAGGGAGAGGAGGGAGGAGUUGAUGGACAAAUAGAAGAAGGGAAGCUGGAGGAGGGAGCAGUGGAAGGAAGAGAGGAGGGAGAAGUGGAGAAACAGGAGUUGGGGGAGAAGCAUAUGGCUGGCGUUGUUGAAGAGGGAGUUGUGGAAGAGGAGAGAGAGAAGGGAGUGGAGGAUGAGGAGGAGGAGGAGGAGGAUAAGGGAAGAGUUGAGGAGGGAGGAGUGGAGAAAAAAGAGAAAGGAGAGUGGAGCUUGGCAGGAGGAGUAGAGGAAGAGAAAUGGAAGGAGGGAGAAGAGGAGGUUGAGAUGGGAAUGGAAGGAGAGGAUGGAGAGGAGGGAGGAGUUAAGGAGAGAAAAGUAAAGAGAGAAAAAGGAAAGGAGAGAGAAGUGGAGGAAGACAUGGGAAUAGAUGAAGGAGAGAAGGGAGAGGAGGGAGGAGUGGAGAAAAAAGAGAAGGGAGAGUGGAGCUUGGCAGGAGGAGUAGAGGAAGAGAAAUGGAAGGAUGGAGAAGAGGAGGGUGAGAUGGGAAUAGAAGAAGGAGAGGAGGGAGAGGAUGGAGGAGUUGAUGGACAAAUAGAUGAAGGGAAGGGGGAGGAGGGAGGAGUGGAGGAAGGAGAGUUGAGAGAGAAUGAUAUGGCUGGAGACAGUCUUCCCAGUUCUACACUUUGGAUCAAGGAGACUGUCCUGAGCGAGUGGGAGCCAGAGGAGAACCACCCCUGCCCUGAACCCCCAGAGUCCCUCCCCCGGAAGAGGCGACAGAGGAGAGGGAGAGGCAAGAGGGGCUCGGCAAAGAGGAUUGAGUCGUCCCCCUCAGAGAGUCAGACAACACCCCCUGAUGUACCCAGCAGCAUCCCCUCUGGACCACCAGUCUCCCAGCCCCAAAUGACAAGAUUUUAUAUGCAGAACUGUUACUCCAAGGCAUAA